AUGGAAAUGCAAUCGCGCCACCGGAGCAAGCGUGGAGCCAUCGAGGUACAUGAACAGGAGGGGGAGGACCGGCUGAGCCGGCUCCCCGACGACAUCCUCCACUCCAUCCUCCGCCGCCUCCCGCUCAAGCACGCCGCGCGCACCAGCGCCCUCUCGCGGCGCUGGGCGCGCACGUGGCUCCGCGCGCUCGCCUCCUCCCGUGUCCUCGACUUCACCGACCGCGACUUCGCACGCGGCCAGGCGUCGGCGCGGGCCGCCGCGGCCACGGUGAGCUGCUGCCUCCGGCUCCACGCCGAGCACGGUGCGCCGCUCGACGUGUUCCGCGUGGCGCUUACAUCGCCGGCGCCGGGCAGCGCCAGCGCGUUCGAGUGGGACGUCGUUGGGUGGGUCGCGUCCGGCGUGGCGAGGGGCGCCAGGGAGGUGGAGGUGUAUCUGACGCCGCCGCCGACAAAAGGGGACGCCGAUGACGGAAUCGCGGCGUUCGUGGAGCUGCCUGGCUACCUGUUCGUGGCCACGAACUCGCUGGCGCGCCUCGCUCUCGGCGGGUUCAGCCUCCGCGCCGUCCCGGCCGCCCUGACCGGACUCGCAGGUCUCCGCUCCCUCUCCCUCAGCCACGCCGACGUCACAGGCGAGGCGGUUCGCGGCGUCGUGUCCAGUUGCCGCGCGCUGGAGCUCCUCAGCCUGAGCAGCUACAGCCUCCUGAAAUCGAUUAGGAUCGCCAGCGAGACGCUGCGGGUCCUCGAGAUCGUGCGCUGCCCAGCCGUGCGGGUCAACGCGCCAGCGCUCGAGUCGUUCGCGUUCCACGGCGACACAGUCUACUCGAGCGACUACGACGACCUCUUCUGCCGUCGACCUGGGCUCCACGCCGGCUCUGCGGGACGCGAUCGCGAGUACGCCUACUCCAACUUCUUGAGCUGCGUCGCUCAUGCCCGGGCUCUGACGCUCUGUUCCGUGGGCUUGCUGCAUUUGUGGGCACAGCUAGGUUACGAUGAGUGCGUGGACAUUGAUAUGACGAACAUACCAGAGCUGCAGCUGCUGCUGUCCUCGGAAGGUGAAGAUGACGACCUCUAUAGCUUCGCCUCUUUCUUCCAGAUCAACCCGCUUCCACUCCUGGACCGCUUGUUCGUCAACCUCCCCAGCCACACUACCGAUGCAAGCGACGCGGCGGCAGCACUGGCCGGCGAGGUCGUCGACGACUCAAGAAUGAUGAUUCAACACUUCGACUUCGUCCUUGACCACCUGAGCUUCAUCAAGCUGGUGAAUUUCAGAGGGACCAGGUUCGAGCUGCAGCUGCUCGCCUUCCUCCUGAGUUCGGCCCCUGCCCUUGAGCAGCUGGUGCUGGUCACGGUGGGAGAAGAGGGCGGAGCUCUGGGAGACGAGCACGUCAUCCGAGGCUGGGUGUCGGAGAUGCCGAAGGCAUCGCCAGAGGCUCAGCUCACCGUGUGCCGGUCGAGCGAAGAUCGCAGCCAGAAUCCUGUGCACACGAGGUUCUACCACGAACUCGAAGAGUAA